CAUAUGGGAAGAUGCAUUUAUGGAGGCAUUUACGAUCCCGAAAACACGUUGUCGGAUGAGAAUGGCUUUCGAAAGGACGUCCUUGCUGCUUUGAAGGAGCUCAAUAUCCCUGUCGUUCGAUACCCCGGCGGAAAUUUCGUGGCCACUUACCACUGGUUGGAUGGUGUCGGUCCAAAGGACCAAAGACCGGCAAGACCGGAGUUGGCGUGGUUAGGAACGGAGACAAAUCAUUUCGGCACAGACGAGUUCCUGAAAUGGUGCGAGGUACUAGGAACGGAGCCAUAUUUUUGCUUCAAUUUUGGAACAGGGACCCUUGACGAAGCAAUGGCCUGGGUGGAAUACUGCAAUGGUACCGGAAACACGUACUAUGCGAAUCUCCGUAGGAAAAAUGGCCGUGAAGAACCGUACAAUGUCAAAUACUGGGCCCUCGGAAAUGAAACAUACGGCCCCUGGCAAGUUGAGCAAACCACCAAGGAAGCCAACCCCACGCCUUUGAUUGAUAUGCAUAGCAUACACAUGUACACCGCAUCUCCGGAUCAUUUGUCAAAUGCUACAGCACCUUUGGCAGCGGAGCGAGCUAUCGAAAUCGCCUCUUCGUUGAUCGACCUCGCCCGUAUUGAAAAUGGCGUAUCUCCCGAUGAGCCGCGUCCUACAAUUUGUUUCGAUGAAUGGAAUGUAUGGGACCCCAUCCGAGCCGAGGGCAGAUUUGGCGCUGAAGAGACCUACACCUUGUCCGAUGCAUUAGCGGUGGGGAUCUAUUUAAAUGUAUUUGUUCGAAAGAGCCGUGAUCUGGGCAUGGCGUGUAUCGCUCAAAGUGUAAAUGUCAUCUCUCCCCUCAUGACAACCAAAGAAGGUAUUAUCAAGCAAACGACUUGGUGGCCAUUGCUUCUUUUCUCCAAAUAUAUGCGAGGCUGGACAAUUGCUACUCACGUGUCAUCUGGUGUUUACGAGGGAGAAACGUCGCCUGUGUGGCUGCGGGCAGCUAAAGAUACGCCCUGGUUGGAUGCUAGUGCUGUUUUAGAUGAAGAUGACUAUGUCAAUCUCGUUGUGGUUAAUGUUCAUGAGAGCAAGAGCUUCAAGGCCGGUAUACAAGGUGUCAGUGGCCCGGUCAGUGUCUUUACUGUCACAGGAUCCGAUGUUGCUGCUACGAAUAUGAAGGGAAAACAAGAGGUUGGCAUUGAAGAGAGCACUUGGGAUGGGCAAAGCGAUCACGAUUGGCCUGCAACAAUGGCUCGCCGCGGGGAUACGCGCUCACCAUCACCUGUAGGCAGCACAUAUUCUUCGUCGAAACGAAGCCGCAGAGAUGAGGAUCGAUACGAGCGAAGCAAACAUGACGAUGGGAGGACAUAUCGUCGAUCGCGCAGCCCGAAUAGACGUUAUCGGGACCGUGAACGCGACCGAGACGGUUAUCGGCGACGAGAUCGAUCGUUAGACAGACGCGAUCGUGAUGACUACCGCGACGAAGACAACUAUAGACCAUCCAAGCGAGAGCGCUCGCGCGAUCGCAGGCGCUCUGGAGACCGUGACGAUGAUCGAAGUUAUCGGCGUAGGAGCCGGGACAGAGACAAUCGAAGCAGGCGAGAUGACUCCCGCGAUCGACCGCGAAGGCGCAGAGACGAUUCUACUGACUCCAGGCGGAAGCCUAGGCGAGAUAGCCGAGAUCGUGCAUUGUCUAAAAAUUUGGACGCAAAAUCCCGAGAGGGCUCAAAAGCGCCAACUCCAGCCCCCGCUACCCAGACCGACGAAGAGAAGAAAGCUGAACGGCUUGCUAAGCUGGAAGCAUGGAAACAAAAACAGGCCGCCGAACGUGAGCGCAAGCAGCGUGAGCUCGCUACAGCCGGUGGCGCUCGUAAUAUCCUGACUGCGAUGGACAAAAAAUCAGGGAUUCUGCCGGCUACUUCGUCUCCUCAAUCGCCUGCUACGCAGACCCAGAGUACAACACCCGAAGCCACUCAACCGGCUGGAUAUGCUGGGAAGUUUGAUCCAAAGGUUAUUGCGAAGAAAGCUAGUGUCGCAGCGUCCGGGCCAACUCCGCUUGGAAAUGACGUUGCUGUACCUGAUUCUGCUAGACCUGCUAGUAUAGUUGAGGCUAACAAACCUGCAGUCGCUGGCAGCAAGACAUCCGCUCCAUUAAAAGCAAGCGGGAAUGUCGGCAAGUUCGGACUAGGAUCUAAAGCAGCCGUCGAAGGUGAAAAAGCGUCUACGAAGCGAGCUCUGGUUUUCGGCGAAGAAGAGUCGACCCGCAAAAAGCUAGAGAAACUGCCCAGUCCUCCGCUUGAAGACACAAAAAAUGACGCUCUCGAACCAGCGGUUGAAGAGGAUGACUCUGACGUCGAUAUGGAAAUUGGCACCGAAGAAGAAAAUGCUGCCGCCGCUCGAGUAGCAGCCGAGAAACGUGAAGCACGCCUCCAAACCGAGCAGCCAGCUACCAGUGCGGAGCCUAAUGGUGACAUUGAAAUGGCUGAUAUCGCCAAGGAUGUCUACGUGAACGGCGUUACAAAGGAAGAGGAGGAGGAGGAAAUUGAUCCUUUGGACGCGUUCAUGUCUGGUUUGGCGGAAACUGCUCCUGCUAAGAGAACAAAUGGCUUGAAGUUCACUAAAUCUAAACAACAGCAGCCACAGGCUAUUUUCGGUGACGAGAACGACAUCGACAUUUCCGCCGUCGGCGAGGGUGAUGCAGAUGAGUUUUUGGCAAUCGCAAAUAAGGCUAAAAAGAAGAAGGACAUUCCAAAGAUUGAUCACGUAAAAGCUGAAUAUGAGCCAUUCCGCAAGAGCUUUUACACCGAACCUCUCGAUAUGGCACAGAUGACGGAGGAAGAAGUAUCUAGCUUGCGAUUAGAGCUGGAUGAUAUCAAAGUCCGUGGAGUCGACUUACCCAAGCCGAUCCUCAAAUGGUCUCAGUGUGGACUAGGUGUGCAGACACAAGAUGUCAUUCGCAAGCUCGGGUAUGAAAACCCAACUUCUAUUCAGAGUCAAGCUCUUCCUUCCAUAAUGUCUGGUAGAGACGUUAUUGGUGUUGCCAAGACAGGCUCUGGAAAAACAGUGGCCUUUCUCUUACCCAUGUUCCGUCAUAUCAAGGACCAGCGUCCUCUGGACAAUAUGGAAGGCCCUAUUAGCAUCAUAAUGACGCCAACAAGAGAACUGGCGACACAGAUUCAUAAAGACUGCAAGCCCUUCCUGAAAGCAUUGAAUCUUCGCGCUGUAUGCGCUUACGGCGGCGCCCCAAUCAAGGACCAGAUCGCAGAGUUAAAACGAGGAGCGGAGAUUGUCGUCUGUACCCCUGGAAGAAUGAUCGAUCUUCUAGCUGCGAACGCAGGACGCGUGACUAAUUUACGCCGAGUCACGUAUGUCGUUCUUGACGAGGCAGACCGUAUGUUUGAUAUGGGGUUUGAGCCACAAGUUAUGAAAAUCAUGGCAAAUAUCCGACCUACUCGUCAAACCGUUCUGUUUUCCGCCACUUUCCCCCGUAACAUGGAGGCACUGGCUCGAAAAACCUUGACCCAACCUGUCGAGAUCAUUGUUGGUGGAAAGAGCGUGGUUGCACCGGAGAUUACUCAGAUUGUUGAGGUCCGAAAUGAAGAUACCAAGUUCCUACGGCUACUAGAGCUUCUUGGAAACAUGUACUCUGAUGAGGCCAACGAAGAUGCGAGGACCCUCAUCUUUGUGGAACGACAGGAGUCCGCCGAUAGUUUAUUGCGCGAACUGAUGCGCAAGGGCUAUCCAUGCAUGUCUAUUCACGGUGGCAAAGAUCAGAUCGAUCGUGAUUCGACUAUCGAGGAUUUCAAAGCCGGCAUAUUUCCUGUUCUUAUUGCUACUUCGGUUGCUGCUCGCGGGUUAGACGUCAAACAGCUGAAGCUAGUCGUCAAUUUUGAUGCGCCAAACCAUUUGGAAGACUAUGUGCAUCGUGCUGGCCGAACCGGGCGUGCUGGUAACACCGGAACGGCAGUGACUUUCAUAACCGAAGACCAAGAGCGAUACGCUGUUGAAAUUGCCAAGGCUCUUAGACAAAGCGGUCAAUCGAUCCCGGAACCUGUGCAGAAACUAGUCGACUUGUUCUUGGAAAAGGUCAAGGCCGGUAAAGAGAAAGCCUUGGUAGCUGGCUUCGGUGGUAAGGGUUUGGAACGCCUUGACCAGGAACGUGAUGCGGCACGAAAUCGCGAACGGAAAACAUAUCGUACCGGCGAUGAAGGUGAAGAAGAAGAGCGUGAAGAGACGAAGGAAAAGAAAGGUGAAGACCUGUUUUCCAAGGCUGCAUCGUCUGUCCAGUCAGCGGCCGCUCCCAUCCCUGGUGUUCCCAAAGGAAUCGACUUGGACGGCAAAAUCACGGUGCACAGGACUGAGAAGCCUGCUACGAAAACCUCGGGUGAUCCUUUGGACAAGGUUGGCUCAGCUGUUGCCGAUAUCCAUGCUCGACUGAACCGUGCCGGCGUGAUGAGAACGGGUGUCCCGAUUGACAAUAAAGGUCCUGAUGCCGGUGCCUUUCACGCGACCCUUGAGAUCAAUGACUUUCCUCAGAAAGCUCGUUGGGCCGUCACGAACCGCACAAACGUUGCCAAAAUCCUCGAAGCUACCGGAACGUCCAUCACAACAAAAGGAAACUACUAUGCGGCAGGCAAAGAACCUGGACCCAACGAGAACCCGAAACUGUAUAUUCUGGUCGAAGGAGAUACGGAAUUGGUUGUUACGAAUGCCAUGCGCGAGCUCAUGCGUCUGUUGAGAGAAGGCACCAUUGCAGCAGCAGAUAGCGAGGCCAGGGCACCUGCUAGUGGUAGAUAUAACGUUGUUUAG